GGUUUCUUUUCCCUGCGAACGCGGGCCGCCGUGCCAGCGCCGCUCGGCGGGAGCUGCGCGUUGGUGGGCCUGGCGCCGAGGGAACCCGCGCGGCGUCCCUUGGUCCGGAGUCGCCCGCCGGGAUCGCGGUCGCUCUCGGCUUCGGACGCGACGCUCCCCCGCCCGGUCCGGAGUGGAGCGCGCCUGCAGAGGCCCCAGUGCCCGGAUGUCUAUCAGGAUUAGCGCGAGCCAAUACGCUCGGAGCCGGAGGCUGCGCUGAGGACGCCCGGGCUCGAGGAGCAGGUAGUCCCGUCACCUCGGGGAGUCGCGCUGGGGAAUCGUCCCCGCCCGGCCCCGGCAAAUGGUGAGCGCGGCGCCGGCAGGAGGGCCGCGGCUUGGAGGCGCUGAUGGACGGCAGACCUUGAGCUCUACAGACUGAAUUAUGGCAGCCCAGUCAAGCAGCUUGUACAAUGAAGACAGAAACCUGCUUCGAAUUAGAGAGAAGGAAAGACGCAACCAGGAAGCUCACCAAGAUAAAGAGGCAUUUUCUGAGAAGAUCCCCCUUUUUGGAGAGCCAUACAAGACAGAGAAAGGUGAUGAGCUAUCCAGUCGGAUACAGAACAUGCUGGGAAACUAUGAAGAGAUGAAGGAGUUCCUCAGUAGCAAGUCCCACCCCCAGCGCUUGGAUGCUUCCGAAAAUAGGCUGGGGAAGCCGAGAUACCCUUUAUUUCCUGAGAAGGGGAGCAGCAUUCCACCCCACUCCUUGCACACCAGUGUCCACCACCAGCCCGUUAACACUCCUGCCUGUGGACCACUUCCUGCUGGUAACAUCGGCCACCACCCAAAGAUGGCGCAGCCAAGAAUGGAACCAAUGCCAAGUCUCCAUGUCAAAAGCUACGGCCCACUGGACAGCCAGCACCUGACCCAGGAGCGCCUCGGUCAGGAGGGGUACGGCUCUAGUCAUCACAAAAAGGGUGACCGCAGGGCUGAGGGAGACCACUGUGCCCUGACGACAGACUCCGCUCCGGAGAGGGAACUUUCGCCUCUCUUCUCUUUGCCUUCCCCGGUGCCCCCUUUGUCUCCUGUACAUUCCAACCAGCAGACUGCUCCCAGGACGCAGGGAAGCGGCAAAGUUCCCAGCAGUAGCAGUAAAGGCUACUGCCUGGCCAAGUCUCCCAAGGACCUCGCGGUAAAGGUGCAUGAUAAGGAGACCCCUCAGGAUGGCACAGUGGCAGUGGCCAGCCUCGGGGCAGCCCCUCAGCCACCUUCUCAGACUUUCCCCCCGCCCUCCCUCCCCUCAAAAAGCCUUGCAAUGCAGCAAAAGCCCACGGCUUAUGUCCGGCCCAUGGACGGUCAAGACCAGGCUCCUAGCGAGUCUCCUGAACUGAAACCUCUGCCGGAGGAGUACCGGCAGCAGACCUUUGAGAAAUCAGACUUAAAAGUGCCUGCCAAAGCCAAGCUCACAAAGCUGAAAAUGCCUUCUCAGUCAGUCGAGCAGACCUACUCCAAUGAAGUCCAUUGUGUUGAAGAGAUUCUGAAGGAAAUGACCCACUCAUGGCCUCCUCCUUUGACAGCAAUACACACGCCUAGUACAGCUGAGCCCUCCAAAUUUCCUUUUCCCACAAAGGAUUCUCAGCAUAUCAGUUCUGCAGUCUCAAACCAAAAACAAUAUGAUACAUCUUCAAAAGCUCACAGUAAUUCUCAGCAGGGAACAUCCAUGCUCAAAGAUGACCUUCAGCUCAGUGACAGUGAGGACAGUGACAGCGAUCAAACCUCAGAGAAGCCUCCUUUCGCACCUGCACCUCCAAGCGCUCCGCCGUCGCUGCCAGCAGCCGCGGCCUCAGCACAUUCCAGCAGCGCCGAGUCGGAGAGCACCAGCGACUCCGACAGCUCCUCGGACUCGGAGAGCGAGAGCAGCUCCAGUGACAGCGAGGAGAACGAGCCCCGAGAAGCCCCGGCUCCCGAGCCCGAGCCUCCGACAACCAACAAAUGGCAGCUGGACAACUGGCUGACCAAAGUCAGCCAGCCCGCGGUGCCGACCGAGGCCCCGGGUAGCACGGAGCCCCCGGCCCGACACCCGGACACUAAGGGCAAGGGCGGCGACAGCGCCACCACGGGCCACGAGCGCCCAGAGUCCAAAGAGCCUCCCCCAAAAGGCUCCAGCAAAGCCCCCCGGGUCCCUUCCGAAGGCCCCCACGCGGGCAAGAGGAGCUGUCAGAAGUCCCCUGCCCAGCAGGAGCCCCCCCAGAGGCAAACCGUGGGAAGUAAACAGCCCAAAAAACCCAUCAAGGCUUCCGCCCCCGACCACGCGGAUGCGCCUGCGGAAGUGCGCGUCUGCCUGCAGGUGGAGAGCGAGCCCGGACUUCCUCCCCCGGCCUCCAAGGCCCAGCCCUCCAAAGACAAGCCCAAGGUGAAGACGAAAGGGCGGCCCCGCGCCGCAGACAGCCGGGAGCCCAAGCCGGCGGUGCCCGCCCCCAGCGACCGGAAGAAGCACCGCAGCGGCCCCCCGAAGGCGCCCCCGAAAGACGCGGCGCCAGAGGACCCGAGUCCCGAGCACUUUGCGCUCGUUCCCUUGACCCAGAGCCAGGGCCCUGGCCGCGGUGGCGGCGGUGGCGCUGGCGUCAGGACUAGUGGCUGCAGGCUGGCCGUGGUGGUCCAGGAGGACCGCCGCAAGGACAAACCCCCGGUGCCUUCGAGAGACACCAAGCUGCUCUCCCCGCUCAGGGACGCUCCGCUGCCCCAAAGCUUGGUGGUGAAGAUCACUCUCGACCUCCUGUCUCGGAUACCCCAGCCCCCAGGGAAGGGCAGCCGCCCGAAGAAACCGGAAGACAAACAGCCACCAGCAGGGAAGAAGCCAGAUCCUGAGAAGAGAAGCUCAGAAAACGCCAGCAAGUUGGCCAAAAAGAGAAAGGGUGAAGCAGAAAAAGACCACGAUAGCAAGAAAGUCAGGCUGGAGAAGGAAGCCAAGUCACAGCCGUCAUCUUCCUCUUCCCACAAGGAACCUUCCAAAUCAAAAAUGUCCAGGCCCUCCUCUGAGCCCUCAAAGAAGGAAAUGCUUCCCCCUUCACUUGUGUCGUCCUCGUCCUCGUCCUCCCAGAAGCCAGCCAAACCUGCACAGAAGAGGCCGAGGCAGGAAGACCCCGGCGGCCAGGACCCCCCCAAAAGUGCCAGUAGCACCAAGGGCAGCCACAGAGACCCUUCCGCCUCCAAACACAGAAAAGCAGAGGGGAAGGUCUCGGGAAGCUCCACAGAACACAAAGGAUCUUCUGGAGAUACUGCAAACCGUUUUCCAGUGCCUUCUUUGCCAAAUGGUAACCCCAAACCAGGGAAGCCUCAUGUGAAAUUUGACAAACAACAAGCCGAUUUUCACCUGAAGGAAGCCAAAAGGUUGAAGGACAAAGCAGAAUUAGUGACGGACAAGGUCGGGAAGGCUUUUAAAUACCUGGAGGCUGCCUUGUCCUUCAUUGAGUGCGGCAUCGCCAUGGAGUCAGAGAGCCCCGGGUCCAAGUCGGCAUACUCCAUCUACUCGGAAACCGUGGACCUCAUUAAGUUCAUAUUGUCAUUAAAAUCCUUCUCGGAUGCCACAACACCAACACAGGAGAAGAUAUUUGCUGUCCUAUGCAUGCGUUGCCAGUCCAUUUUGAACAUGGCAAUGUUUCGUUGUAAAAAAGAUAUGGCAAUAAAGUAUUCCCGCACUCUUAACGAACACUUCUUCAAGACUUCUUCCAAGGUUGCCCAGGCACCUUCUCCAUGCAUUGCAAGAGGCACAGGCACACCGUCCCCCCUCUCUCCGAUCCCUUCUCCGGCCAGCUCCAUAGGGUCCCAGUCAAGCGCCGGCAGCGUGGGGAGCGGGGCACUGCCCCCCACCAUCAGCACCCCAGUCGCCAUCCAGAACAUGACAUCCUCCUACGUCAGCAUCACUUCCCACGUCCUCACCGCCUUUGACCUGUGGGAACAGGCUGAGGUCCUAACCAGGAAGAACAAAGAAUUCUUUGCUCAGCUCAGCACAAGUGUGUGCGCUUUGGCCCUCAACAGCAGUUUGAUGGAUCUGGUGCACUAUACAAGACAGGGUUUCCAGCGGCUAAAACAAGUAACCAAAACACCUUAACGGAGGCCCAGGUGGAUUCGAUGCCUUGGGAACUAUUUUGCACAUUGGAAGCCUCAAAACAGUCCAGACGUUUGUCUCUUUAGAAUACCAAACUCAAGAAGAGAAGCACCAUGAGGUGGCCAGGACGUUUGUUCACUGAAGCUUGAGAACUGCGGGAUCGCUGGUGGGACAGGAUGGUUUUGCAGAAGCAGAGAGGAAGGAGGCUGGCCUCAGAGAUGAUCUUGCCUUUCCUAACUAAAGGAUGGAAGUGCAAUGUAGCCUGAGUGGGCGUAUUCUUGGUCUAGAAACAUUUCCAUAUUUUUUUAACCAGCAGAAUGCGAAUGAAAUGAGGAGAAGCAAUUUCAACUCUGAAAUCAAAUUCACAUCAUCUCAGUAGCCACAUUAGUUCAUUCCCAGAAGGAAAUUUUUUUUUUUUAAACCAGUGAGUUGUGGUGUAGGGUUUUGUGGGUAAUUUGUUUUUUUAAGUUGUUGGGGGAGUAUUUGUUUAAUAAAUUCUAAUGGUCAUCUAUAAAACAUGAGUUGUGGAGGACUCCGCCAUACCCCACUUCCUGCCAAUGAACAAUGGCUCUGAUAAUACCAGGUAUUGUCCUAACAUAUAAAGUUGAAAGCACCCCCCGCUGCCUGGACACUGCACGUGCAGCCCAGCUCCGAGUUCCCCGUCCGGUGCUGGGAGGCGGCCCUGACGGAGCAACAGGAUCUGCAUCUCCGCCCGCAUCUCCACCGCCAGCACCGCCCGCAUCUCCACGUGCCACGUGCUGCGGAGGGCCUGGUGCCGCCGUCCCGUCCCCUGCUCCGGCGAGAGGCAGUCACAUUGACUGUAUUCUGCAUUUUCUGCUUUGGGGAAGAGGGGAACCAACGCUUACCCGUGACCAGAGGGUUGAAACGCUUCUUAAUUUUUGUGAAGUAGAGCUGGAUUUUGAGGUGCUGCUCUGUGGCCUAGUUGUGCGGAAACUUACGUUGUCUAACCGACUCAGAGUUUUGUCAGCGAACAAAGAAAAAGGAAAUCUACUUCUUAGAGAGGCUAUAUUUUUCUGCUACGAAUUACUUUAUAUUUAUAGCAAAACUAGACUUUGAGAGCCCUUGAUUGUCUUUGUCUAGGGGAAAUUAACUCCCUGAGAGGCUGUGGAGAUUUGGGGUAGUUAAUUGGACUUAAAAAUAAUAAUAAAGUCACCGCAUGCCUUCACUCCAGAGUGCACACUGUCAACUGGAUUUGAUUAGACUGAAGAGGAUCUGUGGCCUUCCUGUAAGUUGUUUUUGCCAGAUUCUAUACAUUAAGCCAAGUUUAUUUUGAAUGACCUAAAAGUGGGGAAGAAAAAAGAACAAAAAUAUGAAACCCCAGAAUUCCCACAUAUCCAUAAGCACAGAUUUUUUUCAUUGAAACUUUGAGGGUUAUUAUUGGAAGCAUUAUUACGAAUGUAGUAUUUUUAGAAGCUAAUUCUUUUUAUCCCUUUUAGAAGUAGAAUUUGCACAUGUAUCACAAUUGAGGAGUGUUACUGCUGCAGUUGGUUUAUUUUUCUUCCUUCGUCCCAUUCCACUUCCCUGCGUGUUGUUUCCUCCCAAGCGUGUUGGACAUUGUCAUAUUUAUUUAUUAGUGAAGAAAGGCGUGCCAUCUUUAUUUAUAAUGAAGAGGUCUAAAGUCCAUACGAUGAAUGUAAGAACUUUCUUGGUAACUAUGUAAAAGGGAUGUAGAGAGGACGGGAGUGAUGCUUAUUUUUCGCAAUAUAAAUUGUUUGUGUGAAGCUGUUCCUUCCAUGUCGUUUAUUAUCCAGCCUGUUCUUUGGUUAUCACCAGCUUAGGUUAGAGCAAGAGAAUUACAAUAGCAGUAAUAACUGAUGUGCGAUCUUGACGGACCGAUGUCAUCUAUUGCUGCUCUAAGGCAGAGCCACGAUCCUUUCUAAACUCCUCGUUUAAAAAGCAGCCUGUUACAUGAACAGUAAUUGCCUGGAAGGUCGUGUGCUUGCAGCACUGUGUCAGGCUCUUCUGUGUAGGAGACGAGACACCACAAUCAGGCUUCUGUGGUUACUAAACACCCUCUUUCCCCUCUUACUCCCGGCCCCUUCACCCCAUCACUCCCCAGGGCAAGCCGCCUGUCAGUAUGGAAGGGUGUGUUCUUAAGGACAGACUCUGAUCUAUGCAGACCAUGCCGAGUGUGUGUGUCUCGUCAGGAGCCGAGUGCCCCCGAACUGAAGACAUUUCCCAAGUCUUCCCAAGACAUUUCCCAAGUCAGUUUCCCAGCCAUUUCUAGAAGAGGCGAUUGCUUUUUCAGCAGCCUUAUGCUUUGUGUGUCUGUCUUUUCCACCCUGACCUUUAUAUGAAGAUUUUAUUUGUCCCUUGCAGAGAUCAGUUUGUACUAUUUUGAUCUUGGAGUAUUUCUGAUUCUUAAUUGCAACAUGCAUUGUACCCAAAAGAAUUCUUAAUGGCAACUUUUAAAAUAGAGGAUGUAAAAGGGUAGUGGCUGAUAAAUCCUUCAUGUUCAUAAUGUCUUUUCACUGUUACAGUUGUAUAUAGAAACCUAAAGGAUUUUUAAGUCAUAUGCACUUUUUCAUUGCAUGCUUAAUUUCCCAAAGGCAAAAUUUGUACUGCAGUAGAUAAUUGAAGGGACUAGAUUAUAAAAUUAAGCCUUUGAAUAUGUGAUGUUCUCAUAACAACCAUAAUAGUACACACUUCACAGUGAGGCAAAUGCAGAACAUCUUGCGUGAAAAAUGGAGUGUAAAAAUUUUGCCUUUGGCACUACAGUUUCGUGUUUGUAUGUGUGUGUAUGUAUGUGUGUCUGUCAAUCUUUACUAGGAAAUGGAGGAACACUGUUUUACUUAUAAAAUGUUGAAUGUUUCUGUCCUUCCUGGAGAUAAUUAAAAUGUGAAUCACUGAAUUUAAGGUUUUAGCCAGACUGAGGGCCCUGAUAAACAAUGAAAGACAUUUCACUGAAAUUUACCAAAUUACACUGGGUUAAGAAUGUGAAAUGUUGGCCAUGUGCCAUCUAUGGUAGAAGAUGGGAGGGUCCACCUGGCAUGUUAUCAGGAGUAGAACUAUAGCAGAAGGAUGCCUUAUCUGAUGCUAUGAUUUAACCUCAAUACUGAAUGGAAAAAGCAUCUUUUUUUUUUUUUUUUAACAAAAGGACCUUUAUUUUACAAUUUGUUUUGACCAAAAUGUUUAACUAUUUCCGCAAGACAAAUUGGGGAAAUUUAUCUUUAUCUUCCUCAUUUAUCUUCCUCAUUCUGUGUCCUUUAAUUCCCAAUCUUGGGAUGUUUAGAAGCUAACAAACUAUACCCCUUUCUGGCUAAAAACUUGCCUUAAUUGGUACCUCAAAUAUUAAUGUCAGUAGGAUCAAGAACUUAUUAUUUUAUGAUCCCUGUUCAAUAAUUUUUAGAAGCAAAAAAAGAAAAACCAUUGUGCCCUCCAAAAUGAACAGAACUCUUUAAUAUAUGCAAGGAAAUGUGUGUGUGGACAUGCAUACACAGAGAAUAAGAGGCUGACUGAAUUGAAUAUAUUUAUUGUGCCUUUGCUGACCGAACCAGAUUUUGGAAUAAUGCUGUAUUCAUUUUGCCAUGGCUUUAAGAGACAUCAGGUGGGACUUACACCUUUUUCUCUUCUGUUCUCAUAAAGUUGGAGGUGUUUUGUGCAUCUUUUAUGUAAACGAAUCAAAUCAGGCUCUGAUUCCUUACCCCCCACCACAGAGUCUCCUUUUUGCUCAAGGAUUUAUUUUCCCAGACACUACACAAAAUCUGUGAAAAACCUUGUCACUCCAUCUAUUACACUCUUUACUGCUGAUUAGCAGUAUUUAAAUGUUGCUGGAAUAUUUGGCUGCCUUUUAGAAACACAGGCAUAGAGAUAUGUUCAUUGUGGCGGGGGGCGGGGGCAUCAGGGAGAGAGCGGUACUUGGUCCCUUUUCUCUUUCUCUAGUGAGUUGCUUCUUUUGUUUUUGGUUCUACUUAGAGUUUGUGGACUUUUUUUUCCCCUAUAGUUUUCUUUUGUCAUUUUGUUGGUGGGAGGAGGUGGAGUGGCAGAGUGGUGUGGGGGAUUUUCCAACAAACGUGACAAGUGGUAUUUCUACCAUAUAAACUUCAACUAUUCAAUCCCCUUAUGUCAGUCACCAAAAAUCUGGGAAUGAAUUGUGACCACUGGCCAUGUUCAUUAGUUCUUAUUUAUGAGGAGUUGACAAGCACCGUCUACCACGUCUCUUAAGGUGGCUGUAAAUUUCCCGCUAUCCCAGGGAAAGACAUUACAUUCUGUUCCGUGGUGUGCUGGAUAGCAACAGGUACUGUAAUGGGUUGAGAAGUUGCCUGUAUUCCUCUCUGCCCAAGAGGACCGGCAGGAAACUUACAGCCCCCUGGGAGCCAAGAUCUUAUUACUCUAUCGGCCUGAAAGGACAAGGGCGUAAGACCACUGAGGCUGGCCACGCUGCGCUGCUCAGACAGGCAGUGGCUGACCUAAGCAAGAUAACUUGCUUUGCUCAAAAGUAGAUGUUGAAGCGAUGCUUAAUACAGGCAGUAUUACCUUUUGUUAAUUAACUUUUGUUGAAUGACAGAAGGCAGGAUCCGCCUUUUGUUCAGGCCAUCUACAUGUAUUGUUAAGACUGCACACCCCCUCCUCAGAUAUCAAGUGUACACUGUUCAUGUUGGUGUGUGUGUUUAUACACGUGUGUCCCAAAUCAUGUGUGUGUGUGUUUUCUUCUGAAUGUGAUCAUGUUUUGGAUGAUACCUGAGCAGGGUUGCCUUUUUUUUUUUAAUUUAUUACCAUUAUAUAUUAUAUUAUAUAUUUUUUGCUUUCUUGUAACCUUAGAGGAAAGUCAAAUCUUGGUAUUAUUAAAAUUGUUUAAAAAAGAAUAAAUCGUCCAGUUGAUCAAUGAAGAUCACUGGUCUGUCUCUAAAAUAAUAUGAACUUUUCUUUAAUUAUUGUGUAAUAAGGUGCCAGCUAUGUAGUCCAUACAGUGAUUUUGUACGUAGGAUAGGGAAGCAGUGACGUGCCCAGCGGGAAGUUGUGCAGCGCAGAGAAAAGGAGGACUCUGUGUUUUAUCUACUUCAGCAAUGGAACUGCGACCUGGGGCUUUUGUGAAUAAAAUUUAGCUGCCUUGUAUAGUCCUUUGAAAGAGACAUACGUGAUCUGUGAGAAUUAUAGUUUUUUUUUUUUUUUUUUAGAAGAAAAAUUUGCAAAAGAUCUUUCCAAAGAUAAUGUGCCACAGAUCUUUUGUUUAUUGUUCUCUGUAAUGAGGAUUCAUUGCUGUUUAAAAAAACAUGUAAUUGACUUGUUUGUCUUCAGAUUCUUUACUUUUCACUAGAGGAUCGAGCUGUAAAAAAAAAAAAAAAUUAAUAAAAAUUUAGAGAAAUCA